AUGUUCCGUCGACGCCGGAGGGGCUCGUCACAUCAUCAGCAACCGCUGUCUUCCUCCUCUGCCCUAUCUGCCCAGUCCGCUGCCAGCCAUGCCUUCCUCAAAUCUAAUCCUUCCUCCUCAAGCCUCUCCGCCGCCGCCGCGGCGACUGCCCUUCGGACGCUGACCCCACCCCCGACGAACGUGGAAAAUGUACAGACGAAACGCACCCUCCAGCGCCAGUCUUCCUUCUCCCAGUACAGUCGCUCCAGCAGUCUGCGCCCCGCCAGUCGGAAUGACCUUCGUCGAAGCAAUAGCUCUAGUUCCAUGAGUACGCGGACCUUUCGGGAACAAUCGCCUCGACGUCCGGUCUCCAGCUCCGGAUCCCUAGAUAACAUGCCGCCUAUCCCUUCGAUCCCCAAGGAGUAUGCGCCGGCGCGGAGUACUCCAGUUCGGCGCUCAGUCAGCGUCGGGCCUUCCACGCGGUCCUCGCCUCCUGUGAAGUGUCCGUCCGGCCGCGGAGCGAGCAUGGAUCGAGAAAAUAUGCGGUGUGGGAGCCCGAGGCUGACCCCGGUGCCGGAGAUCCAACGCGCGGGAAGCAGAAAUUCCAUUAAUUUCUCCUAUCCGAUGAGCUCUCGCCCAACGUCCCCGUCCAUACCACCGGACGCCCUCGAUAUACCAGACACGUCGAUAGGUGCAUCGCUGGCGGACAAGCUGUCCACCCUAGCCACCUCCCAGCCCCAGAGCUCUCUCUCCCAAACUGCCAACACCUCAGCCCGGCAGAGGACUAGAAAUCCUAGCCCCGGCAGUCCUGGGAAGGCUGCCCCACCAGUCACCACCGCCGUCGCUGCGGCACAGGCGGCCAUUGUACCCCGGAGCGAUGAAGGGGCUUCGCCCCAGACCCCUUCGGCACCGCGAGAACCAGAUGUGCAGCUCCCAGCCCCGUUCCAGAUUGCGGGACAGCCAGAUCCAAGACAGCCCGUGUCUCGUCCAGCCUUUCUGAACCGGCCAUCGACCGUCCCGGAAGACCCCAAAGGUGAAGAGCGAGCCGAAGCGGGUGCUCCAGCAAAGAGUAAGGCGGCUCCCCCGUCGGGCAGUGUAAAGCCAGAGAACCCAUCGAGAGUCAAACCAUCACCAACGCCCGAAUCGGCGAGGGAACCGCAUGCGCAUCUAAGCUCCGUCGUUAGCUCCUCGGAAUCAAUGGGUUCUACAGAGCCAGGGCACGGGGUACCGCCGUCGCUCAUGCGGAAGCCAAGCAGCAGUCCCGGGAGCUCGGCUCGCUUUUCUACACAAUUGUCCGUUUCCGGUUUCCCGGGACGGUCAUUGCACAAGCCGCCGCCUCGAUCAGUGUCCCCAGCCAAAUCAGCGAUGAAGAGUCCGAGGAGCUCCCUGUCGCCCGACGGCAGAACUGCAGGUGUGUUGCGACCUGGCCCUCCGCUCAGCGAGAUCUCGGACGGGACCUCCUACGGAUCUGACGAUGGUUCCAAACCGGGAUUCCGAAAGAGGCACCCCAAGGUCAGUUUCGAUGACGAGGCGGAGAUCGUUGGAGUAGCGGCGAGCCCCCCGACAUCCCCCGAAGACGCUGUCCCUGACGCACCACUCCCCGGCUGCUCCAAGGCCAAAUCGAAGUCUGGUUGGUUUGGCCUCGGCAAGAGGAGGGCUCAUGCAUGGGAUAUUGUAGGGUCGGACGAGUUUGAUGCAGUACUCAAGCCCCGGCCUACACUUCCCUCGUUCGGUAGUAUACGAGGAGCUCGAGAAGGCGAGCAGGGGGAGCCAAGCUGGCAUGAACCAAGUGAUAAUGAAUCUACGACCUCAUCGGAGCCCAAUCUGGGGGCUCCAACAUGGUCUGCCUCGAAUGAUCAUGUCCUUGGAGCAAUCAUAUCCAAUGCGGAACCAAAGGAUACAACCGCGGGGCACACGAACGAUGACAGUGAAGCGGCGUCUCUUCCCACGAGUACCUCUGUGAGGGACACACCUUCAAAUCACUCAACCACGGAUCCAUCCAAUGGCAGAACCAUCGAUCCGGCUCGCCCCCAAGGAACAUCGGAUGCUCAUGGAAAAGCGACGGAUGGGCCAGCCGCCGAUCCGACCUCCCCUGUCCCCGGAAUCGCGGUUCAACCGGCGACGCCAGAAUUUGAGAACAAAAGGUCAAAUCUCGAGUGGUAUACUGUGCCAGGGGGAUUUCCACGAUCAUCGGUGGAGUCCAAGGGUUCCACCAGUCGCAGGAGCAAGAAAACUUCCAGCCAGACAGCUGGCAAUUCUACUGCAGUUACACCCGAGAGUGAUGGUGGCGAUGACGAAUCCGGUGGAAGUAUCUACAGUGAUGCCGAGGAGGAUCUAGAAGGGGAUGGAUUCGGGUCCAUCAACGCGAUCGUGGAUGGCAAAACCGAAGACAAACAGAUAGCAUCAAGCAGCCACAAUGGCGGUGCUGAUCGAUCAUCUAACAACACGCCGGAUAUUCCUAAAACCUGCCAGAUUGCUCGUGUGGAGAUCCCUGUACAACCAAUGUGUUCGCCGCCACCUCCACGGUCUCCUGCUUCUCCCAGAGAACCUCUACCGUUGUCUUCGCGCUCUCCUGUUUCCACGCCGCCUAGCGAUAUUACAACCGCUAGCAAGAUAGACGGAGUCCCCCACUCGUCUGCUACGAAUCGAACAAGACGGUCUAUGUCAGGUGAUGGCUACAAACCCCCUGUUACUCGUGAUGGAGUGGAACGAGUUGGGAAGGGCAUUCUGUUCCCCCGUACUGAGGACGGCGCACCUCAACCGCGGGUUAGGGCUGGACAGGAACAGGCCAAGAAGCGGCCAGUCUCGUGGGGUGGUGCCCUUUUGGAGGAACAGGCCGUAUCCGGUAAAGAGCAACAGGCCCAUGGAACACUUCCUUCUCAACCUCAGAGACGACUGUCCAAUGGCAGUGACUCAUCGAGCAGUUUCGUACGGACCUAUCGACCAACCCGCGCAAGCCCACAACACACCCUGCGACGGACCAUGCGAGGAGGAAGCCCUCCUCCUAGCGGACGAGCUGCCUCCCCGGUUCAACAGAAAUUCCCGCCCGCCGAAGUGCGACCUCGUUCGGCGGGUUCAAGUACCGGAGCUCUUCGCCCGACUUUGCGGGCCAGUGAACCCCGACGUGAGAAGCCGUCAUUCUUUUCCACGGGCAAAAUGCAACGAUCCACCGCACAGACGUGGAAAAGCCGCUUCGAGGAUUCUAGCGACGAAGAUGAGCAGGGAAUAGGCAAUCUUCGCCCGGUUCGCGGCAUCCCGCGACGUGCGGGCAAAUAUGAUGGGGAUUCGACCGAAUUGGAAGACAGCUCCGACAACGAACGGCAUCUACCCGCGGCCCGUACGGUGGUCCGUCAACCAGACCAACCUGGCUCACCCAGAAACAGUCCUGCGCUGGGCACAGUGGCCAACUCUCGUGGGAUGACCGAGAGGGAGGCGGAGGAGUUUCUCCGGCGGGCCCAUGGUGAGCGAAAACCGAGCCUGUUCCACCGCAUCGGCAUCCGACGACCCAAGCCACCGACCAAUCGCCCAGGGCCAGCCAAGCUAGGAAAGCCAGAUCCCAAGCCCAAGCGAGUACACGAGGAGCAGCCUCUUCCCUUGGAUCCAAAUCAGGGGAGCUUCGUAACGACCAUCACUGCGAACAAUUCAGUUUCUCCUGCAACUCCUCGGGUUCUCAAGAGAGGAACUCAUAAAUCCUCUGGCAGUGAGACCUGGCCACUCCGUACCAAUCCCCAGGAGCCGGGCAAUGGCAGCAAUAAUAUGUCCGGUCGACCUCAGACUGCAGAUGCAGCCGCUCAAAAUGGCAACGCGGACGUGGUCGACAAGGCAGCACCUGUCUUCAAGGAGAACGAGAUCCCAGUGGUCAAGAGUGACCGCCUAAUUGUCUCGGACGUUGGGUUCACACCCGGUCGAAAAAAGCGGUUCCCUAAAAUUCGCAAAGCGUUUGGCCUCUCGAGUUAG